UUGAAAAUUAUUUUUGUAACGGGUGAAAAAUUAAAACGCGGGAAAUUCAAAAUUUACGGUGCCUGUUGCCGCAAUGGAGACUGUAAAACAUCGGGGACCCAAGAGAAAAUCCAUUGCGGGGCCGUUAAUGUUACCGUUGCCGUUGGAGGCUGCGAACAUUUUCAAGGUAACCAGUUCGUUCGUACGAGACCAGACGGGAAAUACUUUGAAAAGUGCAAUGGGAGCCAUGGCCGCUAUGGAGAAUUUACUAAUCGAAGGAGGUAUCAGCAUAGCAUCGUCAAUCGAAACAACCAGAGAAGCACUGUGUCUAAAAUAUACGGAGGACUUCGAAGGAAUCGUUAUCGGUUUUACUGACGGCACGGUGCGCAUUUUCAACACAAAUACCGCGAAACUGAUUCGCAGUUUACAUGACGAAGAAACCGAAAAGAAUAGCUGCCCAGUCACCUGCAUCCAACACCGUCCCGUUUCAAAAAAUUAUCCAGUCGUGAACUGCGUAACUUGCACGUACACUGACGGUUGCGUUAAAAGUUGGAACCAUAAUUCUGGCCAAUGCAUUUACACCAUAAGGGAAAAUCGGCAAACUUACGGGGUAACUUACCAUCCUCGCCUGCCCAAAUUUGUUACUUACGGGGAUGAUCUCAAAGUGAACUUGUACGACGAAGAAACGCGAACCCAGGAACGCAUUCUCGCCUCCAGCGAAAUGCCAGGCGAAUUGAAUGGGCACGCGUCCAGGAUUUUUGCAGCGUGUUUCAAUCCCCGCUCCAACCACGAGUUAAUUACGGGAGGUUGGGAUGAUAUCGUCUACUUCUGGGACUUGCGUCAGCCUUACGCCAUCAGGCAUCUUUCCCGCAUCCAUAUGUGCGGUCAAGGUUUGGACAUCAGUAGGAAAGGAACUGAAGUUUUAACGUGCAGUUGGCAAAAGGAAAAUUCUCUACAGUUGUGGGAUUAUGGUUCAGGGGAGUUAAUUGUGACUAUGGAACCUGAUGUCUACAACAGCCUACUCUACUGUGGAAAGUUCAUAUCAAAAGAUUUUGUUGCAGUUGGGGGUAGCGAUGACCACUUGUUACGAGUGGUUGAUCUUCAAACGUAUUCCACACUUUGUAGCAUAACUGGAUUACCAGGAGGCGUUUAUGAUAUUGAUACAGGUCCUCAUCGUCCGCAAAAGUUUCAAAAAGACGUAGCGAGGAGUAGGCAACAGGAGUUGUCUUUAGCGCCCCGAUUGGCAUUUAUAAGCGGGAAAAAAGUUUAUCAAAUAGAAUUUGUGUAAUGCAAAAAACCAUUGGGAUUUUAUAAAAUUAAAGUAUAGGUACAUCCUUCGGUUUGAUUUUGGUACGAA